AUGCGUGUUCUUGUUCGCCUGGUCGGAGGUUCAGAUAAUACAAACAACACAGAAGGUCGAGUAGAGGUUUUCUACCAUGGUCAAUGGGGAACAAUCUGUGAUGACAGCUGGGAUCUUAAUGAGGCUAAUGUUGUAUGUCGUUUUUUGGGUCUACCAAGAGCAGUGGCUGCACCACACAACGCUGCCUUUGGUCAAGGAACUGGUCCAAUCUGGAUGGAUGAUGUACACUGCGGUGGGAAAGAAUCAUCUUUGUUUCAGUGUGAGCAUAGAGGACUGGGUUCGCAUAAUUGUAAACAUGGAGAAGAUGCAAGUGUUGUGUGUGGACCCUCACCAUUGAUUUCCUUGAACAUUACGAAUAUCACUGGUGAGAUCAGCAGUCCCGGAUACCCAAGAUAUAUGGAACGGGCCCACUACGAGUGGAUAUUCAGACCUCCCAUACCACGUGCGCGUAUAGCUUUGUAUUUAGAAGACAUCGAUUUGGAUCGCAGUUACCAGAAUGGGGAAAGUAGCCUUAAAGUACAAGAUGCUUCAAAUAUCCAACUUUUAUACAUCAAGAACAAGAAACGUGAACCUCUCUCUAUUGUCGUUGAAACCACAAGUGCAAAAGUCGUUUACUACUCUGAGUCUUCCGCUUCUAAAGGCCAAGGGUUUAAGAUAAGAUACAACGCCUUUCGCAUGUCUGACAAUGACCUGGUAUGUUACAAAACCUGGAACGUGUCCAUCAUCCAGAAUGAUCCAGGAAGAAUCAAUGUCUCUUGGUCCCCUGUACCACAAGCGUCUCACCAACCUGGCUCUACAUACACCUUCUUGGUUUUAUAUAAAAUUGUUAAAAGUACCUACACUAACUUUACCAUUGGUGCGAUCUCGAGAACGGCUAGGAUUGAGUUUCUGUAUCCGAACACAACAUAUUCCAUACGAGUGAUCGCUCUAGACACGUCAAGUACUAAUAGUACAACGAUAUACAGUUGUCCACAGCUGGUAAAGACACUUGAUGUAAUUGUUCGCCUGGUCGGAGGUUCAGAUAACACCAACAACACAGAAGGUCGAGUAGAGGUUUUCUACCAUGGUCGAUGGGGAACAGUCUGUGGAGACUAUGAUUGGGGUCUUGAAGAGGCUGAUGUUGUGUGUCGUUCUCUGGGUCUACCAAGAGCAGUGGCUGCACCACGCAACGCUGCCGCCUAUGGUCAAGGAGCUGGUCCAAUCUGGAUGGAUGAUGUACGUUGUAGUGGAAGUGAAUCAUCUUUGUUUCAGUGUGAACAUAAAGAGCUGGAAGAGCAUAGCUGUGGACAUUACCACGAUGCAGGUGUUGCUUGUGGACUCCCACCAUUUAUUGUUCGCCUGGUCGGAGGUUCAGAUAAUACAAACAACACAGAAGGUCGAGUAGAGGUUUUCUACCAUGGUCAAUGGGGAACAAUCUGUGAUGACAGCUGGGAUCUUAAUGAGGCUAAUGUUGUAUGUCGUUUUUUGGGUCUACCAAGAGCAGUGGCUGCACCACACAACGCUGCCUUUGGUCAAGGAACUGGUCCAAUCUGGAUGGAUGAUGUACACUGCAGUGGGAGAGAAUCAUCUUUGUUUCAGUGUGAGCAUAGAGGACUCGGUUCGCAUAAUUGUGGACAUUACAAUGAUGCAGGUGUUGCUUGUGGACUCCCAACAUUGAUUUCCUUGAACAUUACGAAUAUCACUGGUGAGAUCAGCAGUCCCGGAUACCCAAGAUAUAUGGAACGGGCCCACUACGAGUGGAUAUUCAGACCUCCCAUACCACGUGCGCGUAUAGCUUUGUAUUUAGAAGACAUCGAUUUGGAUCGCAGUUACCAGAAUGGGGAAAGUAGCCUUAAAGUACAAGAUGCUUCAAAUAUCCAACUUUUAUACAUCAAGAACAAGAAACGUGAACCUCUCUCUAUUGUCGUUGAAACCACAAGUGCAAAAGUCGUUUACUACUCUGAGUCUUCCGCUUCUAAAGGCCAAGGGUUUAAGAUAAGAUACAACGCCUUUCGCAUGUCUGACAAUGACCUGGUAUGUUACAAAACCUGGAACGUGUCCAUCAUCCAGAAUGAUCCAGGAAGAAUCAAUGUCUCUUGGUCCCCUGUACCACAAGCGUCUCACCAACCUGGCUCUACAUACACCUUCUUGGUUUUAUAUAAAAUUGUUAAAAGUACCUACACUAACUUUACCAUUGGUGCGAUCUCGAGAACGGCUAGGAUUGAGUUUCUGUAUCCGAACACAACAUAUUCCAUACGAGUGAUCGCUCUAGACACGUCAAGUACUAAUAGUACAACGAUAUACAGUUGUCCACAGCUGGUAAGGACACUUCAUGUCAUUGUUCGCCUAGUGGGAGGUUCAGAUAACACAAACAACACAGAAGGUCGAGUAGAGAUUUUCUAUAAUGGUCAAUGGGGAACAGUCUGUGGAGACUAUCAUUGGGGUCUUGAAGAGGCUAAAGUUGUGUGUAGCUCUCUGGGUCUUCCAAGAGCAGUGGCUGCACCACGCAACGCAGCCUUUGGUCAAGGAACUGGUCCAAUCUGGAUGGAAAAUGUACGCUGCAGUGGGAGUGAAUCAUCUUUGUUUGAGUGUGAUCAUAGAACAUUGGGUUAUAAUAAAUGUGGACAUAGAGAAGAUGCGAGUGUUGUGUGUGGACACCCACCACCAUUGCAGGUGAUUGACCCUAAGAAAGCAUGUGGUCCUGAUAAUAUCCCUGGUAACAUUCUGAAGAACACUGCUGAUGUUAUAGCCCCAUCACUAAGUCGUUUUUUCAACCUAUCACUGUCGUUAGGAAAAGUACCAACAUUAUGGAAGCGUGCAAAUAUCACUCCAGUCUUUAAAAAAGAAGAUCCAUCACUUGCUUCUAGCUACCGACAGAUAUCUCUAUUAAGUAUCUUAUCAAAGAUUUUGGAACGCUGUGUGUUUAACUACUGUUCUUCUCACAUUACACCUCUACUUUAUCCUCUACAACAUGGAUUUCUCAAAAGAAAGUCAACAGUUACUCAGCUUCUUGAGGUUUACCAUGAUCUUAGAAAAUCUUGCCAAUGGCACUGAAGUUGACGCUGUACACAUGGAUUUGUCUAAAGCAUUUGAUAAAGUAACCCAUCAUAUUCUUCUUUCUAAGCUAAAGAAAUACGGUAUCACUGGUGGACUUUUCGACUGGUUUCUUGAUAAUCUAAGCGAGAGAAAGCAGAGUGUUGUUAUUGAUGGUUCUUAAUCCGAAUGUUUACCUGUAUCAUCUUGGGUUCCUCAAGAAUCCAUACUUGGACCUCUUCUUUUUCUUGUGUAUGUUAAUAAUAUGCCUUCUUAUAUUCUAGGUGAUUCUAAACUUGCCUUAUUUGCUGAGGAUUCUAAACUAUACAAGGUCAUCAAAUCGGAUUCAGAUCACAACGAUUUGCAAAGGGAUAUUGAUCGUGUUUAUAGCUGCAGUGUCGAUUCUAAAAUGAAAUUCAAUGUUGACAAAUGUAAAGUUUUACAUAUGCACAAGAAAGGAAUUAAGGCUAUUAAUCAGUACAAAAUCGGCGAUGAAGAUCUACCUAACGCGCCCUAUACAAAAGAACUUGUAGUUAUUAUAUCAUCAGACCUCACCUGGGCAAAGCAUUUUGAGGAAAUGUGUUCCAAAGCUAACAAGUGUCUUGGUUUGAUAAAGCGUGUAUGUGGUAGAGAAAUUGCGGAUGCAAGAAUCCGUAACAUCUUUAUUUAGCUAUUGUGAGACCUCAGCUCGAAUAUGCUUCAAGUCUUUGGUCACCGUAUACUAUAAAAAAACUCCAACGUCUAGAAAAUAGAACUUUAUUUAGCGAGCUAAAUGCAUUAAAAACUGACAAUGAUUUUACAAAUACAACUCACAUAAUAUCUUUAUUUACCCUGAUUUAAAAAAAACGAUCAGCUGGACAUGAUAGAACAGCUGAUAUGAACCGGUGAUCAGUACACGGUCUUGUAUUUCACCUCUGAAUCUCGGAAUAUUGAGUCGGCAACAAAAUGGCAUCUGCCGACAAUCGUUUUGCUACAAUUUCCGAGUAUAUCACGAGUCAGGAAAUAAGUUAUGAAAAUCAAAGUUGUAAAAAAAGGAUGUAAAACAUGUAAAAAAUAAAUUUUCCGCCAUCGAUGUUGAGAUUCCAAUGUGAACCGUUGCAUUCACAAACCAGACU